AUGGGCGGUUUUACUGGUAUCAUACCUGUUUUGAUCAUUCUUGCUGUGAUGAUGAAGUACUCAUCAUCUUCAGUUUCUGGGUGCUUCACGACUACUCAUAAGCACGUAAGAGUGAAGAACAUGUUGGCUCCAGGAAAGAGAUUGCACUUGCAGUGUCAAUCAAAGGAAGAUGAUUUCGGAGAGAAGGCACUUUAUUACAACGAGGAAUUCACAUGGGACUUCUGUGAUACUAUUUUUACUGACACUCUCUACAGUUGUGAUUUUUGGUAUAACAGGAAUGGUGUAUUUGUAGCUACUCAUGCAGACGUUUAUUUUGCAGCAAGAGAUACUUGUAGGGACUGCAUGGCUAUCGUAAAAUUUGAUGGGGUUCAUGUUGUAGACAAAUUAAAACCCGAGGACGACAAAGUGAUUGCACAUUGGCCUAAGUAA